AUGGGAACUUCCUUUUCUAAGGAUCAUCUCACCAAAAAUAAAUAUAUCAAGGACUGUAUACGUAAAUUUGACCAGAAUGAAUUGGAAGUGCUACAUAAAAUAUUUAAAGAGUUAUCUAGCAGAUCUACGUCUGCGGGAAUAGAUAAAGAAACAUUUUUACAGUACUUUAAUCUUCCUGGUCUUUGGGGAGAACAGCUUUUUAGAAAAUUUGAUAUCAACUAUUCUGGAUCAGUCGAAUUGGAUGAAUUUUUAAUUGGCAUAUCUGUGUCAUGUAGAGGGACCAGAACGGAGAAGAUUUACGUGUUGUUUAAGCUUUUUGACUUGAAUAAUGACAACCUUAUCCACAAGUUCGAGCUCCUGGCGAUGCUAUCGAACUUUCCGCAGCUUACAAAGUACCUAUACACGUCAAUAAACAAUGCGGAUUCGAGAUUUAACGCAAGGAACAGGAAUCUUAAAAUGCUCGACAGAGUUCACAAGCGAAUCUCAUUUAAUUCAGUUCAACUGCUAUAUGAAAAUGAAAAGGAUUUUCGAAUAGCAAACACACCAGCAAACAAUAAUUACGUGCCCUUUAAGAGUAAGAUAGGCCCUUAUUAUUAUAUUUUAGCGUCUUCGAACGAGUCGAACGCGUCGAGACAAUCGUCAUACACUGACGUGUCGAUAGUAAAGACGGACAAGAAGAAUUCAGUAUGUGAUAAAAUAUCGAAAUCAGUAUCAGACUUUUCACACGAUACGAUGUCGCUAUCAGCAUAUUUGAAUAGGUACUAUUCGGAUGAAGCAAAUGGGCUGUUUAAUUAUUGCACACCAUGUCAGCCAAAUCAUGCUGGUAAAGUUUUAACGCCAAUGAGGUCAAAGUCGUUUUCAAAAACAAAUAAAACGGAGAGGAACUGCGAUUUUAAGUUGGAUAAGUAUAAGUUGAAAUGGGAGAGCUAUGAGACUGAUUCGUCUAACUCAUCGGAGUCAAACGACGAGUUUAACAAAUCGUUCGUUAGCUCAAACUCAUCACACGAGAGUUGGAACGAGGCUGAGAUGUCGGAGAUAAACACACUGUCGCAUCACGAUGACCCCUCGUCGCUGGUAGUUAUGUCGAUCAUACAGGAAAACGAAGGACAGCAAGGAUUCGAUAACACGAACCUGGACUUGGAGACCCUGGUCGACCAGAUAUUCGAGGAGUGCGAGUUCGACGAAACGGGAUGCCUGACCUUCCAGAUGUUCAAGGCGUGGCUGGAAAAAAAUGAGUCGAUACUGGCGAUGUUCUCAGAGUGCCUGCACGAGGAGGUCUGGGGGCUGCAGGGGCACGCGUUCCACCACGACAGAGAGUGCACCGAGUCCUUUUUGGAAAACAAGUACGACUUCAACUAUAAGUCGUCGACGGAGUUCGGGAAGUCGAUAACGUCGGACUACACUAAGCAGAGCAUCAACCUGGACGACAUAACGAUCAGGACGAUCUACCACAUCUUCCUGGUGAAGGACCAGCACCUGUUCUACCCACUGGAGAAUCACUUGAACACGGUGGUGAGCAGCGAGCUCCUGGAGCACAUGAAAAACAUUAACACGGGCGUGGACAAGGAGAAGCUGAUGGCGACGAAGACGUCGCAGACGGAGGAAUCGACGCAGACAAUGGACUCGGAAAAGUUCAUGUACGAGAUAUUCGCGUGCCCGAACUGCAAAACGCCGUUCCUGAUGUGCCCAGUCUGCUACACGAAGCACAACGCACUCUCACUACACAUCGAGUGCAACAACGUAUACAUAAAGUGCUCAAACUGCAAGUCGUCAGCGGAGAGCGACCUGGGAGUGUUUAAGUCGUGUUGGAUAUGCUGUUGGAGCUUCAACGACAUCUUUAACUUGCCGACGCUCUCGAAGCAGCAAAACUCGUUGAACGGAUUAUCAAUAGCCUCGAACGGAGUGACAACUAACGGGUCGAUAGACGCGAAGACAAGAACACAGUUUAACGCCUCGGCGAUGUCGCUGAAGUCAUCAAAGGCAGCAGCUGACGCACUUAACAAAAACAUUAACUUUAACGUGACGACGAAGUCGGGACUCAUGUAUAAAAUCGGGAAGACUCUGCACCAGUGGAAGUCUAGGUACUACGUGCUGGUGGGAAACAUACUGUACUACUACAAGGAUAAGGGAAGCACGAGGCCGCGAGGAUGCAUAUUCCUGGAAGGAUGUUACCUGGACACGCUGAGAAAAAGGCAGAUCGGAGACAAGUACGGAUUCUCAAUAUGCCACAAGGGCAACAAGUUCUCGAGGAGAGACUUCUACGUGGAGACGAUGGAGGAGUUCCUGGACUGGAUAGAAGUGCUGAGGCACGCAAUGAAGCAGCAGGUGCUCUCCUCGAUGUAUGAAAUAUGCGAACAGCUGGGACAGGGCAAGUUCAGCAUCGUAUACAGAGCAAUCUACAAGGAGACGGGCGAAGAGUACGCAGUGAAGAUCAUCGACAAAACGAAGAUCACACACCAGGAGCGGGAACUGCUGAGAAGUGAAAUUUCAAUCCUGAAACUGCUGAAGCACAACAACGUCAUAUACCUGAAGGACAUAAUUGACAUGAAGGACCACCUGUACAUCGUGAUGGAGCUGGUGCGCGGCGGCGAGCUAUACGACCUGCUGCACUCGGAGCACAGGCUCUCGGAGGAGCACACGCACAGGAUAAUAUCGCAGCUGCUGAAGACGGUGGCGUACCUGCACAAGUGCGGCAUCAUACACAGGGACCUGAAGCCGGAAAACCUGCUGCUCACAGACAGGAGCGAGUCGGGCUCGAUCAAGCUGACGGACUUUGGACUCUCGACGCUCUGCAGCCCCAACGACAUACUGACGCAGCCGUGCGGGACGCUGGCGUACGUGGCGCCCGAGGUGCUCACGAUGCAGGGCUACAACCAGAAGUCGGACGUGUGGUCGAUAGGAGUUAUCAUGUACCUGCUGAUCCGAGGAAGGCUGCCGUUCGCGAUCAAAAAGUCGCACACGAUACACAUCUGGGAGCACUACAAGGUGACCUUCGACGGCUCAAUCUGGAGAGGAGUCUCCUCAUCCGCGAAGGACCUGAUCAGGAAGCUGCUCGAGAUCGACCCUGCGAAGCGAGUCUCAGUCUUCGAGGCGCUCAACCACAUCUGGGUGAAGAACUUCGUGGCGGUGAACCACGACUCGCCGUCGGUGACGAUGAUGGCGCACCACGGGGAGUCGGACGAGUUCUACCAGUCGCUGCGGAACACGACGGACACGACAUUCGUGCUGCCCUACUCGGAGAGCUGCAACAGGAACCUGAAUAAGCUGCAGAACGUGGAGUACAAGAGCGACAUCAUAGCGGAGAAGGAACCGGACUCGGACGACUCGAACAAGCGCGGCAUAUCGACGGUGCUGAAGCUGGAAACUGUAAACGAGUAG